AUGCAUGAACAGAGCUUGGAGACUGAUCUCUCCCAGGGUGCACAUGAUUAUAGCACCUUCCUCCACCUCCACAUGUGCUCAGAUGGAACUUUUCUGUCACCGAGGGAUGAGAGAAUAGAUACGGAGAUUCGUCGCAUUGCUGUUGAGACAGGACGAGAGGAUCGACUCGAUGAGGUAUACUUCGAGGUCGUACACCCCGACAGGUCACAGCUCUACAGCACUGGAAGUGCCGGUCGGAGCCAGGUUAGUAGGGGAUUUACUCACAGCACUGGCGCUUCUGGGAUGUCUCAGCAGCUGUAUGAGACAUGGAUCUCCACGCUGGAGGAGCGGCUGCAAAAGGCUGAGGAGGACAGGGCUGCAGAACGAGCGGAACGUCAAGCCCUCCAUGAGCGGAUGGCUAUGAUGGAGCAGUAUAUGAGGCAGACGGGCAAGCUACCUCCAUCCUCUACUCAUGAUGAUGAUGAUGAUGAUGAUGAUGAUGAUUAGGUCUAUGAUCCCUGGUAGGGCUGUAUACGAACCAAGCCGAGCCGAAUACCUUCAGGCUCGAGCUCGGUUGGUAAAGAUUUGGUUCAGCUCGAGUUCCGCUCUAGCUCGAAUUCGAGCUUAAAAAUGAGCUCGAGCUCGGCUCGCUUAUAUAAUACGAAGCUCGAGUUUGAUUCGAAUUCGGCUCGUUAAUUAUUCGUUUAUCUCGAGCUCGGCUCGAAUUUCAAGCACGAUUUCAAAUUCAAGCUCGAAUUCGAGCUCGGUUCGAAUUAUUUAUAUAUUAAGGUUUCAUUAAAAUAAAAAAUAUAUAUUUGUUCAUAUAUUACUAGACUAUUUAUGAAUCAUAAUUUAUAAUUUAUUUUUAACAAAUAGAUAAUUUAUCAAGUUAAUAGUAUUUUUUUUUUAAAUUAUGAGUAUUAUUUUUAUUAUUUAAAAAAUAUUUAACAAAUAAAAUAUAUAAAAUUAUUAUUUAAUGAACCUAUUCGCGAACAUAUUCGUGAACCUAUUCGCAAACAUAUUCGCGAGCCUAUUCGCGAAUAGGUUCGAGCCGAACAUGUUCGCGAGCUCACAAGCCGAACAUGCACAGGCUCGAGUUCGGCUCGAUAAUUUUAUCGAGCUCGGAUUCGGGCUCGAGUUCGGCUCGUUUAGAAAACGAAUGAAUUUCGAACGAGUUUUUUUCAAGCCGAGCCCCAAAUAGUUCGCGAGCGGCUUGGUUCAUUUACAUCCCUAAUCCCUAGUCCAUCGUCUUGACUUUUAUAUAUUUAUAUUUUGUUGAACUAGUUAUUUCAUGCAUGUUUUGAAACAAAAUUACACUUGACACUUUGUUUUAUACAUUUAUGUUUUAUUGAACUAUUUAUUUCAUGUUUAGAAACAACAUUGCAUUUAAUUAACAUGUGUAAAUGAAUUCAAAAUACAUUCCAAUUACCAAAUUAAAAUACUUAUGAUGUAUAAACUAGAUUGAUAAAAAUAUAUAUAUAUACAUUAAAAAAUAAUAAAUAAAUAUUUUUUCGACAUAAAAAUAAGAACUUAAACAAAUAAAUUCAAAAUACAUUGCAAUUACCAAAUUAAAAUACUUAUGGUGUAUAAACUAGAUUGAUUAAAAAAAUUAAAUAAUAAAUUAAUAAAUAAAUAUUUUUCCGACAUAAAAAUAAAGACGGAAACGAGGCCGAUACGUAACUAACAACAUCUCUUGUAUAUCAUCUCGACAUAUUCUAAUGUUAUGAAUGUAUAUGAUAUUGUAUAUUGAAGUAGACUUUAAAUGAAUUAAUAGGUACUAAAUAUAUCAAUAAUACGAGUGUUCUGUACUGAUGACCACUCGAAAAGAAUUUCAAGGUUAAGCGUGCUUGACUUAGAGCACAUCUAAAAUGGGUAACCGACUGGGAAAAUAAAUAAAUAAACAAAUUAAAUUAAAUAAAAUAAAUAAAUUCUACAAUAUUAGCGGCAGUAAUCGCAGCCGCCGGUAAUUCUCCGGCUUUUAACGACGACAUUACCGGCGGCGUAUGCUUGCCGCCGGUAAUUGAAUUACCGACGAGGACGUUACUUGCGGCAAGUCGCCGCCGGUAAUGUCUUUACCGGCCGACUACCGACGGGAAAUGCCGCCGGUAAUAGUCCUUUUUUUAUAGUGAUAAAUAACGUAUUCAAAAAAUAUAGUGAAAUUUAUGCCCUCUCAAAAAUUUGAAC